CUUUCCCACUCCGUACGCAGCUGCUCCAUGUAUAAGUAUUAAGUAGAAAGGAAGCUCUCACUGAAACAACCGCACCACAAACAGAGCGAGCACACACGGUUGCUUUCUUCUCCGUUACCCUCCUAGAAUUUUUCAUUUUUUUGAUCCUUUCUUGAGUUGGUCGCAGACCAGGAGGUCUCGGAGACGCUCACGGAAUCUCCACUGGCCCACACGCCUGUUCAUCGAACUCGCUCAUAGUUCCGUAUCUUUUUAUUUAUUGAUUAUUUCAUGAUCGGGAAUCCGGGAAAAAGGCUGGUCAAAGUUUGGCAUGUGGGUACGUCAACGUGAAGCUUACUCGAUGUACAAGCGCUUGCUGUCGAGGGACUCUGCAAAUACAGUUGACAUGGAUGAAAACUCGGUUCCUCUACAGAACAGUAUGUCUCCAGAAACUUCAAGCCCUUCAUGGAGGCUUUCUUUACCUCAUGUAGUAGUUGCAACCAUAUCUUCUUUCUUAUUUGGCUACCAUACAGGAGUAGUUAAUGAACCACUUGAAAGCAUUUCUGUAGAUCUUGGUUUCAGCGGGAAUACCUUGGCAGAAGGUCUGGUUGUGAGUACGUGUCUUGGGGGUGCCUUCGUUGGAUCUCUGCUCAGUGGUUGGGUUGCUGAUGGGGUUGGGCGACGUAGAGCUUUCCAGUUGUGUGCUUUGCCUAUGAUUAUUGGUGCUUCUAUCAGUGCAAUGACAAAAAAUCUUGAGGGUAUGCUCUUGGGCCGGUUACUUGUUGGUACUGGAAUGGGCUUGGGACCCCCUGUUGCAUCUCUCUAUGUAACGGAGGUUUCUCCUGCUUUUGUGAGGGGUACUUAUGGAAGCUUUAUUCAAAUUGCAACAUGUCUUGGACUUAUUGGAGCUCUGUUUAUUGGAAUUCCUGUCAAAGAAAUUGUGGGCUGGUGGCGCAUCUGCUUCUGGAUAUCUACGAUUCCAGCUGCAAUACUACUUGUUGCCAUGGUGUUUUGUGCAGAGAGUCCCCCUUGGCUAUAUAAGAGAGGAAGAACCGAGGAAGCCGAAGCUGCAUUUGAGAAGCUCCUAGGAGGAUCGCAUGUCCAACUAGCAUUGGCAGAAUUAUCUAAAUCGGACAGGGGAGAUGACACUGAUACUGUGAAGAUCUCAGAAUUGCUCUAUGGUCGCCAUUUUAGAGUUGUUGUUAUUGGGUCAACCCUAUUUGCUUUACAACAGCUAUCUGGUAUAAAUGCUGUAUUUUAUUUCUCUUCAACUGUUUUUAAAAGUGCGGGAGUUCCAUCAACCCUUGCCAAUUGCUUCAUAGGAAUUGCAAAUUUAACAGGAUCUAUUAUUGCGAUGGCUUUGAUGGAUAAACUAGGAAGAAAGGUCCUCCUCCUGUGGAGCUUUUUUGGAAUGGCGAUAUCUAUGGCCCUUCAAGCUGUCGCAGCAAGUUCUUAUAUACCAGGUUCCGGAGAAUUGUAUCUAUCUGUUGGUGGCAUGCUGCUGUUUGUCUUUACAUUUGCGCUUGGAGCUGGUCCAGUUCCGGGUCUCCUUCUACCUGAAAUUUUCCCCAGCCGAAUUAGGGCGAAAGCUAUGGCAGUCUGUAUGUCAGUUCAUUGGGUGAUCAAUUUCUUUGUGGGGUUGCUGUUCUUGCGUUUGCUGGAGAAACUUGGGCCACAGCUCUUGUACUCAAUGUUUGGUACCUUUUGUUUAAUGGCUGUGAUGUUUGUGAAAAGAAAUGUGAUGGAGACCAAAGGGAAAUCGCUUCAAGAAAUUGAGAUAGCCCUUCUUCCACAAGACUAGAAGUGGUACUUUUUAUGCUGAAUCGUUCACCACCCGAAUCUUUUUAUAAUUUAAGUGAAGUUGCAGCUUCAAGUUUCAUCCGAAGUUGCAACUAUACGUAAUGAAGGAGUGUAUAGUUAGAGAGCUGUAGAUGCAUGUUCGGCCGAUGUAUACUGUUGCAGGUCAGAUUUUGGUAAUGAUUUGCGAAGUUAGGAAUGCCAAUUCCUUGCAAAUCGUCCAUGUAUUGCAAAUAUUUGUAUUAAAAUUUAGGCGCAUUGAUCCUUGCUGAA